AUGGCUGAUGCCUUGGCUACGUUAGCUUCUUUGAUUAGAGUAAAUAAACAGGAGGAUAUGAAGCCGAUCCAGAUGAGUAUUUGUGAUGCUCCAGCUCAUUGCUGCAAUAUCGACGAAGAAGAGGAGAGAGAUGAUUAUCCUUGGUAUCAUGAUAUUCUACGAUAUGUGAAGAACCGUGAAUACACUAACCAGGCAACUGAAAAUGAUAAGAGAAUGUUGAGGAGGCUAGCUAGCGACUAUGUCUUGGACGGAGAGAUUCUGUAUAAAAGGAGGAAGGAUCAGGUGCUGCUAAGAUGUGUUGACGUUGUUGAAGCUAAGAAAAUUUUGGAAGAAGUCUAUGAAGGGGUUUGUGGGACACAUGCCAAUGGAACUUCUACCUGGGCAACACCUUACUCAUUGGUUUAUGGGAUGGAGGCAGUUUUGCCCAUUGAAGUCGAAAAUCCUUCUCUGCAGGUUUUAUCAGAGUUGAAGCUUGAUGAAUCAGAAUGGAUCUAG